GACACGAGCACGCCAGUCUUCCUGAAACGAGAUCAAAUUACGAUUAAUUGAAAGUUAAGGGGAAGGUACGACCACAAGAAUUUACUAAAUUUCAUCAACUUGGAUCGCCUUAAUGUCAUUUAGGUUGCUUAUGAGAUACAUUUAGCGGUUUUUUAUUGUAUGAUUUUUAUUUUAAAGAUUAUUGCACCUUUUAGUCCAAGAUACAUUUAUAAAAACAUUUGCAGGCGAUGUCAUUCGACAAGAAUCUGGAGUCGAGAAACGAAUGUUAUCGAUCGUCGCAGCAAGUCUGAAUACAAUCUACCGGUAACAUCUGCAUUUGCUUUCCGAUUCGGCUCUAUUUACACGGAAGUGAUCGAUACUAUCGACUUUUCAUAGUUCCAAAGAACUCGUGGAGGAACUUCCUCAAGAGUCAACAGAAUAAAAAGAUCUACCACGGCUUCGCAAUAUUUUGCAUUCUACUACAAGAUACUUUAUAAAUAAUUACCCCCGAAGAAGACACGCCAAUUACAAGAAAAUACCAAUUACUUCAAGUACGUCAUACCCAAGACGUUAAUAAGACGUUAUUAAGUACAAACUUCGUUUCUCUCGUGUCUUCGCGUACAUUCGAAACGAUUACAAAAUGCAAAACACGGAUAUUAGGACUGGUUUGAAGACGCCUCGCGAGGUUCAAACGACGCUGGAAUCGCAAUGGAUUUGCAUAUACAUCGAAACGGCGAUUUAGUGGACCGACGUGGCACGCAACGCGUUCCUAAUUAUUUUCUUGCUACCCGCGGGCGGCACGCGUUUCGCCUCCGCGACUUCGGUGCAUAAUGUUCCAUAGGGAAAUCUCUCUCGUUUUUCAUCAGCGGAAUAUUCAUACUAAUCGCGAACGGGUCUGUUUCAGCGUCUCGGGGCCACGUGGAAAGCGAGACGCGGCAUGCAUUAUUCAAAUCGUCGCCGUUUCACUGCCACGAGGAUACGAACAUCGGGGAAAAUGUCUUCUGGAAGUGUGAUCAAUCUACUUAAUCAGUCGACGCAAUAAAAACACCGUCAGGCAAGGGGUGGUCCCUGAAAAAUUCCACAAAUGAAGAACAUUAAUGAUAACGAGAAAUUAAAACGUCACGUUGACAUACGUUUCUCAGCAAAGAACAUGUUGCAGGUUCAAAGUAUGACAUUAAGUGACUUGCCUGUUAUAGAGUCUGCGACACAGGCAGGGGAGGAUUCGACCACUCAACACGUUGUUGGUCAGGUGAAUAAGCUUUACUCAACUGAUGUUAUUCAGUCGGUAAGAUGAAAAUAAGCUUUACUCACAAUCAGAGUAGCUGUUUAGUCGGUAUAGAAACUCAUGGUUUGCUCACAAUUACACUGACUAUUCAGUCGGUAUGGUACACUCACGCUUUACUCACAAUCAGAGUAGCUGUUUAGCCGGUAUAGAAACUCAUGGUUUGCUCACAAUUACACUGACUAUUCAGUCGGUAUGGUAGACUCACGCUUUACUCAGAAUCAGACUGGCUGUUCAGUCGGUAUGAUAAACUCGCGCUAAUAUGGAUGACAUGGCUGUAAAGCUUGUUAAAAUUCAAAAAUUAAUAUAUCCAUGUCUUUAUCUUCUUAUAUUUACGUGAAAAACAAUGACGAAACAACCUAUCCUCAAAGAGUGAGCGAACCCACCGGCGCUGAAUCAUUUAUUUCCGUGCGAAAAGUUUCCUUUACCUUAAACAGAGUAGAUUACGCGACGAGGAGGAUCGAUAGAUGCUAUUCACUUUUAUAGUUCUGAUUAUACCCACACUUCUACGUUGAUGGAAGGGCAAUAGCGUGGCCUUGAACUUCCGUUGAAUGAAAGGCAGACGAUUUCACGGUCAAGAGACGCUUCAACGUGUCUCGCUGAUAACGACAAUCGCAUAAAACGUUCGUUACUUUCACCGCGAACGCAAUUGUCUGGAACGAAUUGCAAACGCGACAAAAAUAAAUUCUAUGUAGUUUAUACUUAGCGCAUAAUUUCUUGUAUGGCUGACACGUGCAAUUUAUUAUUAUUUUCAAUCGGUAUCAUAGUUUAUAAAUUGAUAUUCGUGAUCGAUAUGAAUGAUCAUUUACAGGUUUCGUUUUGUGCCGUGUGUAUAUGAUAUUUAUACACUUCAGGGGCAAGUAAAAAAUGAAACAAACAUCAAUUAGUUCUUCGAGCUUGAACUGAAAUCAAAAUAAAAAUUAAAUUUAAUUACAAAGCUCCUUGCCACGGGUUUAGAAUACCGCAGAUCCAUCACUGUCGGAGAACAACAGGAAACCGGUCAGUCAGUGCCUCGCUAGAAGGAAGAACGAAUAUUUACCUCGUGCUUCCAGUAAAUACGUGCUUUUUCUGUUAAUUCUCAGGUCGAACUAAACGUUUCGUGAGAUUACCAAACAAAAUGGGUGUUCGUAAGAUGAGUGGUAGACAAUUUCAUGUGAGACUCAACGUUUAACGUUUCCUUUUGAAUAAAUGAACGCAUGAUGUAUAGAAACCGCAAAAGAAUUGUUCUUCAAAUUUUAAAGUAUGUCGUUGGCUGUGGAUUGAUAUUUUUUAUAUUGAAAUUGACCCUACAUCGUGUUGGAGAGGAGGACAAGUUAAUACCUACGUUGGAUGAACUGGAUAAAUUAAUGGUCGAAGCAGAAAACGACAAUUUCCAGCGAUUGUUAACAGCGAAGUAUACUUGCCGAAGAUACAAUCUAGGUGCAUAUAAAGAACCCGAUAAACUUGCAAGCUUUAAGCACCCACCCGCGCCACAGUAUAGCGUCUUUUAUAUAAGCAGGUCGCAUAAUCUAUCAUACUGUCCAAUUUACAAAGCCGGUAGCACAACAUGGAUUUACAAUUUAUGUCUUCUAAUGAACGUGCCCGAGGAAGAGCUGAACAGUGGAAAGGAACAGAUAUCGACCAUCGCGAGAAGGGUAAUACCGGAACUCGAAUAUCCAGCAGCCGACAAGGCUCUAAAGGUAACGAAGAAACUCUUGGUGGUAAGGCACCCAUUUGAGAGAUUGCUGAGCGCAUAUCGCGAUAAGCUGGAAAACUCUGUGGCUGGAAGGGAACACGGGACACUUCACUUUUAUCGGAAAUAUGGCAGCAAGAUUGUUCAAAAGUACCGCGAGAGGAAUUAUACCGAACCUACGAAGGACCAGGUGAUCAGACUAGAGGGAAUUCCUUCGCCAGCUGGAAUCGAACCGACGUUCAGAGAAUUCGUUCAGUAUCUAAUUAACACCGACUUGGCCAGCUACGGAGACGAUCAUUGGAUGCCAUACUACUUCUUCUGCACGCCUUGCAUCGUCGAUUAUGACAUAAUCGCGAAGGUAGAAACAAUGUGGCGGGACCAGAUUUACACGAUCCAUAAAUUAGGCCUGCAAAAGGUAAUUAAGCCAAGAUGGCGACAUAGCGGUGGUCACUCGAGCGCAUCGAGGAUAUAUUUCAGUCAGCUGAACAAAGAUAUGAUGCAGAAAUUGUACGGAAAAUUCAAACUCGACUUCGACCUAUUCGAUUACUCGCCUGAUCAUUAUUACCAAUACGCAGCUCCUGUUUAAAAAUUAAAUUCAAACAAAAAUACGAAUUAUCGUUCCAAUAAAUAAUAAAAAAAAUUGCAUGGUACUGCAAAAAUAAGUUCCAGCGUACUAUUACUUGAUUUUUAUCCAGCCGGAUCGGUCAAGUACCCCACGGUUAGUGGUCGAGGGUCGGUGGCGAUAAAACGCGGCAGCUUUUCGUUUGCUCAUUAAUUAAUCCGACUCGAGGGGGAGCCAUCGACUUUAGGACAGAUCGUUCUGAUACAUUGCGUCAUGGCAAGUGGGUCAAUCGAUUUCGUCGGCAAAAGUUCGUCGCGUGGCGUAAUGUGAUUUAAACACUAUCAAUUAGGUUCACGUAUGUAUGCUUAUCGGCUUAACACGUUUCUUUGUUUUUGCCGUCCGUCUGUUCCAGCGAUUUUCGUGCUGAACACGUUCGACGUGACCGUAAAAAUAUAGGACGUAUUCGAUUAGCAUUGUUAAGCUUCGUGAAAUAUUUCAUGCGCCAGCAGGUUAGUACUUAACUUAUCGAACGCUUGCGAUUCUCCUAUUAAGCAUCGAUCCACGUGAACAUGCUUGCAUUGAAGAGAAGUAACGCGAUCUUCGAGAGAGUUUCGAUUAUAGUCCUACAGCCGACUCGAUUGUAUCCCACAUGUUACACUACGUGUAGCGUGAAUGUUAUGCUGCAAGUAUUGUGAAUAUCGUGUAUAGUACGAUUACAUUGUGCGUAUUGCGACAGUUACAGAAGAAAAUAAAGGAAUCGUAU